UUAUCCUCGCCGAGCGCCUGGGCGCUCGCGUACCUCCGUCUUCCUCGCUCCGUCCUUCCUCGUGCUGUCUCACUGCGCUCACCUCCAGGACGACGCCGAGGCACGUCGCCUGUGCCCUGCCCCCUCUCACCGAGCAUGGAGCGGGACCAAUAGGAGUGCCGCUUCCGGCAACGAAGGCGCUCCAAUCGGCACACGGCGCCGACGGAUAGACGCUGACGAGCGGCGAUUUUGACAGUCGACAGUCGUGCUACUCUCGGUGUUCGCGGUUUAAUCGCGCGCUGGACUUACUAGUACUCGCGACUCGGCUUAAGUCUGGGAUCCUGUGGUUCGUGAAACGGAGCCGUGAAUCCUGAUCGCGAUCGUCAACUCGCGCACUCGUCAAUUUGACAACUCGCGAAAGUGUUUUCCAUUUUUAUUCGGAUUAUUAGAUGUUUUCGGAUCGGGAUUUUUUUCGAAUUAUUGUGAGUGCAAUAAGAAAGGUUGUUCCGAUCGAGUCUCCUGGCGAGACGAGAGGAUUAAACGCAAUCACGUGGUGAUUGAAAAGACAGCGGUUUGCUUCGAACAGAAUUCACGAGGAUAUUUCGAUUGAUUGGACAAUUGCUCGACAAUUGCGAAAAAUUCCAGAAUUCUGCUGAUCUGUAAAAUAGAUUCUAUGAAUAUUCGUACAAAAAAGGAACUAGCCUUCAGCAUUCAAAAAUAACGGUAGAUUUGCCGUGCUUGUUUUUAAAGUCAAACCUACUCGAAAAACGGGCGGACAGCCUCGGUGAUGAAUCGGCCGCGAUAAUACCGAGUGAUUCUUUCGUUGAUCAACACUACAAACAUCGCACAUCGCUCGUCGCAUCGCGGAUAUAUCGCGGAUGCGAACGCGUCGUUCGCACCGAUACGAGUGAAAGGAAGUCUCGGAGGACUCGUUAUCCGCGUCGGACACUGCGGGAGAGGGAAGGGGACCGCGAGGGACCGGCAGAGUAAUUAAAUGCGCGCGUGAGGUAAUCGGAUGAGCUGCGCUAUGGAGUAUCAACAAUUGGCGCCACCACCGGUACCAGCUGGAGUGUUGCACACCCAGGCGCAUCAUCCUCAGCAUCAGCAGCAGCAGCAGCAGCAGCAGCCGGUGCAGCAGCAACAGCAUCCGCACAUCGUCGUCGCGCCGGCUCAUCAGCAGCCGCAAUCGCAGCAGCCACCGCCGCCACCCCUGCCGCCGACUUCUCACAGUCAUCAGGUACACCCGCCGCUACCACCCAUUCACGACGACAGCACCAGUUCCAGGUGGUCUCAGUAUCAGCAUUUAUGGAGGCAGCAUCAUGUUUACAUGAACGGGAAACAAGGUAAAGACGGACCAGAGGAAAAGAAAGAUGCCGACGGCGAGCUUUGGGGCAACGUGGAAGCGCAGGCCGCCUUCCUCGGUCCUAAUCUCUGGGACAAAACUCUGCCCUACGAUGCCGACCUGAAGGUAUUAAACCAUUACGUCGAUCUCGAUGAAUUUCUAUCCGAAAAUGGCAUCCCCGUCGACGGAGUGGCCGGUGGCGGACAGGGCACCAUGCAAAGUAGCCAGCUUCAUAAAAUCAACAACACCGAAGCCGCCGGACAUCAGGGACCAGCGGGUCUUCACCUAGAACCAGUUACCAAGCGCGAGAGAUCACCAUCGCCGAGCGAAUGUUGUUCGCCGGACACCCUGAACCCACCCUCUCCCGCGGACUCCAAUUCCGAGGACUCCUCGCGAAUACAAUAUGGCUUGUCUCUUGUAGCGCUCUCGAUGGCCUCAUCGGGGCGAGACUUCGAUCCACGUACCCGGGCCUUCUCUGAUGAGGAGCUCAAACCUCAACCUAUGAUCAAGAAAUCGCGGAAGCAGUUCGUUCCGGAUGACUUGAAGGAUGACAAAUACUGGGCGCGUCGCAGGAAGAAUAACAUGGCAGCGAAACGCUCGCGGGACGCGCGCCGCAUGAAGGAGAACCAGAUAGCACUCAGGGCCGGCUUCCUCGAGAAAGAGGUGAGUUUUCCCACGGCUGGGAAUUCGAAACCGCUACACAGGUGGAUGAAGAUCUACCAAUGCAAUUAUUUUAACAUGGGCCUGCGGCAGGAGUUAGACCGGUUAAAAAACGAGAACAUGUUGCUGCGCGACAAAUUGAGCAAGUACACGGACGUCUAACACCCCGUCGUCGGUCAUGUACCAGCUCGAGCGACACACAGAGAGAGAGAGACGCGGACGCGAGGGCGCAUCACACCAGCUACAGCUCCCUCGCUUAUAGUUGCAACACAUACGCAUAUAGUCCCACAACAAGAGGAUGCGGAACAUGUUGACGAAUACCACUAACUCUCCCGACCCGACUGCCGCCGCUUUACAACCGACAACCGACUUCCUCAGAAAUCUCCGAAGACCUCUAUGUAUAUAUAUAUGUAUAUAUAUAUAUAUAUAUAUAUAUAUAUAUACACACACACUACACGAGUAUCCGCGUCGCGAGGGAGGAGGGUACAUUCGUCUACACAUCUACAUAAAUGCGCGCAUGCGGCGCUCGACGAGAUACGUCGAUUUCGCGACGAACCGAGUCUUUUAGAAAUUACACAGCGAGCCGUGUUCCGAAACGAAUUGAAUUAUUACGAGAGUCUACCACGUGCACGGCGCAAGAUUCGAAAUCGUACUACUCAUUUCGGCAAUGAAAGGGUGAAUCUCGUCGACGCUAAGCACUGCCACACGUUAAGGAGCUGUAUGAUUAGGUCGACAUGGAGCGGAGGCGAGCGAUGGUUGGGAGAACACGACGCUUUUCUGCGCACAGGUUGAUUGUCCUGGUUCUCCGAGAAUGCGUUAAUUACUGUAGCGUAUCCCACGUGGUGAUGGUACACAAGUGAUUCUAGUUGUUUUAAUUGUAAGAUAAAUGAUAUACGUGUUUCGUUUUCA